AAAGCCCCGAGAGGCGGAAGAACCAGAGCUCAGCAUCUGGCUGAUGUUCAAGCGCUCACCGAAUAGGCUUCAGGGAGCUUUGGGUCAUUUUGAGCCCGUUCUGCCUGGAAGUGAAUGCAGGGGCCAGUGAGGGUCACCACCUGCGGGCCGGGGGCGGGGCGGGCCACACACGCUGAGGGAUGUGGAGUCCAGGGGAAGAGCCAGGAGUUAGAAAAAUGUGACCCCGCGACCCGAACGCCUUCAGCAGGCUCCUUCGCUUGCGCUCUACCUCCUCGCCAGCGCCCAGCUGCCAGCCGGCCAUGGCCAGCCCUGCGCCCUUAGUGGCUUCCAUCAGCCACCAAAUGGUGGCUUUGCAGACACUGCAGCUGCUACAGCAGGAGUGGGGCUGGGGUGACGGUCCCAGCGCCCCCGGGAACCCACGCGGUCUGGACCACGUGCCCAUCACCCCGGCUCGCCGCUCAGGCCAGAUGCGGACCCGGAGGGGGUUGGGGCGCGGGAACACCGGGACGCGGGGCUCCCCCGAGGCAGGCGGGCUGCGAGGCGCCGAGGGAGGCGCUGAGCUGCUGCCCUUCCCCCGGGACCGAGGGCCCUGUACCCUGGCGCGGAUGGCAAUGCGCAGCGCGUUGGCUCGCGUGGUGGACUCGACCUCGGAGCUGGUCAGCGUAGAGCAGACUCUGCUUGGGCCUCUCCAGCACGAGCGGCCCUUCCCCAUCCACCUAAAGGACAGUGUGGAGUUCAGGAACAUCUGCAGUCACUUGGCUUUGCAGAUCGAAGGACAGCAGUUUGACAGAGACUUGAAUGCCGCUCACCAGUGUCUGAAGACCAUAGUGAAGAAGUUGAUCCAGGCACUUGCUAAUCUCCCAUCAGAUGCCCAUGUGGUUGCCUGCGCUUCCCUGAGACAGAUCUUGCAGAAUCUUCCAGAUGUAUGAACAUGAGAGACAGCCAGACUACAGCGGGCCUUGCUAAGAGAACGGAAUCCUUCACCUUCUAA